AUGGCGGGCAUCGAGCAGCUCGAGAUUCACAGCAAGUCCUACAUUGUGCGAUGGGUCAAGGUUGAGGAAGGCCACACGAUAUCAUGGAGUGUUCAACCACACAAGAAGUCCAUAAACUUCGCCAUCGUUAAGCACCCAGGAACUGGCGGUACAACUGCCGGCUCCCAGACCUUCGAGGCCACUGCCACGCCCGAACAGCCACCCACCGAGACCGCCGUCUCCGAUGCGAAAUCAGGCCUGUUCAGGAGAGAUGCCAGCACAGCGCAAGAUCAGCUUGCCAAAAAAGGCUUUAUACCCAUCAAGUGGCACGGCAAAUGCGAGGCCGACAAGGUUACAGUGGGCACAUACGACGUCACCAGUGCUGGCAUGUACGGCCUCGUCCUCGACAACACCUUCUCCAAGCAGACGUCCAAGACGGCCACCUUCGUCCUCCUUACAUACCCUACCGGAGCCCCGCCUCAGACUGCCCACCAUCUGCCUACCGUACAAGCUGGGUCCGGCUCAAACGCCAGCAGAACGAGCUUGGGAACAGGUGCUACCCCCCGACUUGGCGCCACCAACUCCGACUCGGUCGAUAGUCUGACCAGUCAUGUCGCCGGUGGUCGUAGCCGUGCUGUCUCAAACGCGAGGAGCGAGGGCGGAUUUGUACCGGGCGCAACUUACCACGUCGGUGUGCUUCUCAAGAGACGUCGCAAGAAGGGCCAAGGUUUUGCCCGCCGCUUCUUCUCUCUCGACUUUACGACUUGCACACUAUCCUACUAUCACAACCGCAACUCGUCUGCCCUGAGAGGAGCUAUUCCCUUGAGCUUGGCCGCCAUUGCCGCUGAUGAGAGACGGCGCGAGAUUACUAUCGAUUCUGGCGCCGAGAUUUGGCACUUGAAGGCGUCUGGUCCGAAGGACUUCAACGACUGGGCCAAGGCUUUGGAAAAGGCCAGUCGCAUUGCUCGCGGUCUGGAGACACUUAACAACGGCGCAUCCCUCGGUGUUGACAGACCGGCUUCGCGACCCUCCACGAGCGUACCCAGCGCACAGCAAGAGGAUGAAAGAGAAUGGGCGCAAGUCGAGUCCUUGGUUAGCAGGAUUGCAGGAACAAGAGAUGCUCUCAGACGGCUAGUUAAGGAUAUGGCUGCCGAGAAGCAGGCGCCUGGUGUUAGUCAGGCCUCGUUGCUCUCACCUAAUACGCCAGCGAUCGCGGAGGACUCUGAGACCUACUUCACCCCUUCGACAGACACGCGCAGGCCGUUCUGGAAGCGCAAGACCAGCAAUGCUUCGCCGGGCGCGCAACCAGGCGUUCAGGCAACGACUGGAGCUGCUCUGGCGGUGCCAUCGCCAACCAGUGCGACGGCCGUUAAUGAGGAGCGGAACACCUACGAUAACUGUGCGGCUCUCUUGAGCGAUUUGGAUUCUGUUGUGGUCGAGUUUUCGCAGUUGCUGUCUAAGAAUAAGCGCCGAAGGCUCCCUUCGCAGAUGCUGCCCCCUAACAUGAUACCUGCGGCUUCUAGAAAGAGUUACGAGUCUACGACGUCUACUAUCGAUGAGUUCUUUGAUGCUGAGGCUGGUGAGACGGGCGGCGCGGGACAGAACCAGGUUAUGAUUAUUCGUCAGAGCGAAGAGGACACACCCGGCUCAGAUGCGGAGGAGGUCGAUAUCCACGACUCUUCAUCAGUUUCUUCUGUCGAGGAAGAGGAGGAGUUUGAAGGCGUCGGAACGGAGAACCAUGACAGUCUGUUUCCCGUCAAGCCGAAGUCUCUGGCGCCACUGCCUAUCACAGACACGGUUACCAGACGCACAACGAUUCCUGCUGCAACGGUGCCCCCUCCCAGUCUCAUCGCGUUCGUCCGCAAGAACGUGGGUAAAGAUCUUAGUACGAUCAGUAUGCCUGUUUCUUCAAACGAGCCUUUGUCACUGUGCCAGCGUAUGGCGGAACAGCUUGAGUACGGCCAGCUUCUCACGGAGGCUGCCAAGAAGACUGACGCGAAAGAGCGUCUUCUGUAUGUUACGGCCUUUGCUGUCUCCCAGUUCAGCAACAGUCGUGCCAAGGAGCGUGCUACGCGCAAGCCCUUCAACCCUCUGUUGGGUGAGACCUACGAAUUGGUGCGCUCCGAGAACGAAGUGCCCGGUGGGUUUAGAGUGCUCGUUGAAAAGGUAUCGCACCGCCCCGUACGCCUCGCGGUGCAAGCCGACAGUGCUCUGUGGUCUUUCUCCCAAUCCCCAGCUCCUUCGCAGAAGUUUUGGGGUAAGAGUGCCGAAAUCACCACUGAAGGCCGCGUGCGUGUCAGCCUGCACCUCCCCGACGGCACCGACGAGCUCUACAGCUGGCACAUCGCCACCGUCUUCCUCCGCAACGUCGUCUACGGUGAGAAGUACGUCGAGCCCGUCGGCAGCAUGAACGUCAACAACGAGACUUCGGGCGCCAAGGCUGUCGUCGAGUUCCGCUCGGCUAAGGGCAUGUUCGGUGGCAGAGGCGAGGAAGUUCACGUUGAGACGUUCGGUCCAGAUGGGUCCAACACCGGCCAGGCGCUCACAGGCACUUGGACGAGCAGCUUGAAGACGGUUCCCGGAGGCAAGGAGAUCUGGAAGGCAGGCAGUCUAGUUCCCAACGCGGCGAAUACCUACGGUCUUACGACCUUCGCUGCGUCGCUCAACGAGAUCACUCCUUUGGAGAAGGGCAAACUGCCGCCUACGGACAGCAGGUUGCGUCCCGACCAGCGGUUCCACGAGCAAGGAGAUUUGGAUUCCGCGGAAGAGUGGAAAGUCAAGUUGGAGGAGGCGCAGAGAGUGCGGAGGAAGGAGAUGGAGGAGGGAGGAGAGGAAUAUAAGCCGAAGUGGUUCGUCAAGGUGGCUACGGGCCAGGACGGUGAGGAGGUGUGGAAGUUGAAGGGCGGAAAGGAGGGGGGGUUUGUUGACUGGUGCAGUGAUGGAGGGAGGUGCACACCAAUGUCCCUGGGAGUCAAACAGCUAUGGAGAGCCUUGUCGAAUUCCAAUGGCGCUCGCGGGCUCUCCCUGAUUCCCAGGGAGUGUGCCCCAGCACUAACUAGAGCAGCUCCCACCAGCAGAUCUACUCUUCGCGCCCUCCACAGCCGGCUGCCGCUUUCCGACCAGUCUCAGUCUGAGGACAUACACAGUCACGACGAGCUCGAGGCCAACGAUGUGCAGCAUACUACUACUGAGGUACACGACUCUGGCGAAUACAAAACACCAACAGACCCAUCACGAGCAUCACCACCACCACCACCACCACCACCCCGAGAAGCUCAAGAACAAGCUCAAACACGAGCCCGGAACGUCCGAGAUAAAGGCCCCGGUCUGGUCAACCGUCUAGCUAAAGUUCCGGUCCGCGCCCAUCCUGCGCUCGAAUCCGUCUUCGUCAGACCCGUCACCGAAUAUCCCGACCAGUACGAGACACGAGGGAGCGUGAGGAGUCACAGGAAGGACAACGCCCGUCAAAAGAAGGUGUUGGGAACUAGGGUACCUACCGACCUGUCAGAUUGGCGCGCCACUCUCCGAAAGCUCUAUCAAUGGACGCCCAUGUGCCUCCCCGAGCAGUUUGCCGACACCGUCAAGGUGAUCAUGCCCCGCGAGACCGCGCCCCGGCUCUUGUCCGACAGCGAGUGGAGUGUGUGGGAUAUCAAGUCUCGAACCGGCUGCAGGAUGGUACUAUACAGGUAUGGGGACGCCGGUUACGAGGAAGGGACUGAGGACCACGACCCGUAUUUGAUUCUCAAGGGUUACCACCGCUCGGUGAACACCGCCAUCGACGAGAUUCUGAGUGUGACGAGGAGGGUCACCGUCAUUUCCAGGACCCAGGACACGGAAGAGGUGCUAUGGGACGGCAAAGUAGCCGGCCAAGACCUCUCCCUCCCCGCGCCCAGCGUAUACGUUUACGCCCGCCGCACACCCUCUCCGCUAGCGCCUUACAACGUGAACAUCCGCGCCGACGAGUUUCCCAAGCCGGAAGAAUGGACCCGCAAGACCUUUGAGGAAUACGUCGACGUCCUGAUCAAAUCCCGCAUGCCCCCCAGCCUGGCCUCCAAGCUCUACCCCGAACACGGCCGGCACGAACUGGCCGUCAUCGAACAGCUUGUCGCCGUCUUCAACGACGAAGUCGCCGCCCAGUUCGUCUCCAACGCCGCCUUCAAGAUGGCCCUGCACUACAUGACCCGCGGCGGCGAGACCUGGCGGCCCGAGCUGCUUUCCCUCUUCAACUACGCACAAAGCGGGCGGCGCAUGCAAUUGGACGUCGAAGUGUUCAACAUCCUCGCCGAAGCGGCCGUCAAGACCCGCUCGCUGUAUCGGUUUAGCCAGGUCCUGUACCUGAUGGUCACGCGCGGGUACCAGCCUAACCUGCGCACCUGGAUUCUGUUCCUGCGCAUGUUCGAAGCAGAAGAAGUCAAGCGCUACGUCUUGCAAGCCAUGAACGACAGGGGCCUGUUCAACGCCCACGGAGCGCUGCGCAUGAUCGCCAACGAGAUGGCGCCCCACGAUGCGUACCGCGCCGUUCAGUUGCGCUGGGACGUGCCGACCUUCUUGGCAAAGCAGGACGAACUCUACGGCCGCGAAAGGAAAUGGGUCUCCAUCGACGCAAUCAACAAGAUCAUCCACGUGUUUGGUUCCUACUCCAAGUUCGCCGAGAUCCGGCAGUUGCUCGAUCUAAUCUUCACCGGCGAGCUGGUUGCGUACCCGGAUCAAGUCACUGUCAAUACCAUUCUCACGCACUGCAAGGCGCAGAGGAAACUGGAUUUGGCAGUCGAGUUCAUCCAGCUGUUUGAGGGUCACAAUGCCGACAACAACACGAAAACGCCGCUGAAGCUGGAUAAGAUGGCCUGCGACAUCCUCUUCGACCUGGCUAAUUGGCAAAAGAAGCCGCAUGUGCUCAGCACGAUCUGGCGGUAUGCCCACCUGGUGAACGCUACAACCUCCGAGAUGCGGCGGAGGGGGACUAACCUGUUGGCGAUGGACGAGACGGAACUAAAGAAGGAGAAGUUGGUGAGGAGACUCAAACUAGGGGAUGAGGAGAGGGUGCAGUUUUUGAGACAGCUCUUGAUAGGCGAGUUUAUUCAGGCGAAUGGUGGUGAGGAGGUGUUUGGGAAGGUUAUUGCUGGUAUUGCUAAGGGAGAGCAGGAACACCAGCGGGGGGUGGAAGAGAUGGCCGAACAGGAAGAGGAGGAUAAUGAAGGAAUACCGACCGCGUUGGGGGAUUGGUUCCAAUCUCAAUCCCUCGUGGACUCCUCCAGCCCAACAACACCCCCAUCAUCAUCAUCAUCACCCACUUCUUCCAACCCAUCCCAACCCAACCCCAAUCACAACAUCCUCCAGUCCCACUCCUCCGAACAAACAGAACCAAUAACAUGGGGCAACAUCUACGGCUCCUUCCAAUCCUGGUCCUUCACCUCCCAAUUCCUCCACCUCGAACCCUCCGCACCCAUCGGUUCCCUCCUCCAGCAAGCCCUCGAGCGCGAUCGCGAGCUUCACUUGGCCCUCAGGGAAGACGGGCUCGACAGGCUUGACGUUGAAGAGCUAAUGAAGCCGAUCGAAAUCCCGACACAGUCAAGAACCAAACCGGCGUUUGCCGAGGUGCGCAGGUUGUUUAUGAGGGAGAGGGAGGCGAUGAAGAGGGGGGUUGAGAAGGUUGGAGUUAAAGAAGGUGAUCGGGAUGGAGAUGGAGAGGUGCAAGAGGCGAUGGCGUUUGGCACGGCGAUGAGGAGGCAGGCUGUGGAUCAGUGGUCUGGCGGUGGUGGUGGUGAUGGUGAGGCUGCUGCUGCUGCUAAGAACGCCAGUGUUGACGAGGCGGCCUCGGCGGCGGCGGCGGCUAAGCCCAAGCCUAGUUCUCCUCCAAAGUCGAAGAAGGUUGUUGUUACAAGGGAACAAAAGCAACAACCCGCGGCCGCGACCGCGGCUGCGGCUGCCACGGUUGAGGCUGAGGCUGAGGUUGAGGUUGAGGUCGAGGCUGGGGGGUCACCACAAGAAGAAGCUCAUAAGAGGGGUGAAAGGAAAGCGACACCAAGCAAGCCCAAGACACCACCAGCACCAGCACCAGUGGCAGAAGCGCAGAAGACCUCACCAACGAUACCGCCAACACUUUCCACACCACCAACGACAUCAUCACCACCGUCAACGAAGACACCCACAAAAUCAUCGAAAGAGAGAAAGACAAAAGAAGCCGGUGUUGAACCACCAUUACCGUCGUCGUCGGAGAAGAGGGUGAAGUGGGAGGAUCUAGCAGAUCUGUAG